AUGGUUGACGAGCAAUAUGAAUCAAGAUCGGGCUACAAGUUCAGCAGCCCCGCGUCGGCGCAGUUCGAGAACAGCUCAGGCCUGUUCUCGUUCAAAAAGUAUAUAGAAGAUCUUGAAAAUCGAUUAGCUACUGUUGAGCACGAUCUUCGGCGGUCUGGACUCGCAAAGGACGAUGCAUCGACUGAGGCGUCAUCGUCUCAAGAUAAGGAACCAGAGGCACAAUCUCUUUGUGAAGGCAGAAGCUCUAUUGGCUUGGACGAAGAGACUUCUCGCAACCAAUCUCUAAUCUCCCCGUCCGCUAGUACGCAGCGCGUCUUGCCGCAAACAGACUUGCCAGCAAUAGAAUUGCCGACAACAGACUGUCCAGGAAUGAAUCUACAAUAUUGGCAAGGUUGUGCGAUGCGGCGGAAAGAUAUGCGAGCACAUACCCGCUUCGACAAGUUUCAACAGCAAGUAUUUGCUCCGCUGUUUGCGGAGGAACCGAACCAGGUCUUCAUUGGUCCCGUGUUUGACGAGAUCAUGGCACCCUUUCCCUUUCUCGACUGGGUAUUAUUCAAGACGGGGUUGACGAGUGAGCUCAGCUCCUUUUGCAGCCCUUCUUGGCGCGCAUGUGUCAAUGCGGUGCUGUCAAUGACCGUGUGCUUCCGCGCGGCGAAGAGCGCGUUUGCAGAGCUACAGGGAGAUGCGUGGGCGUACUUCAAGACGGCAUUUGGCUUGUUGCCCCAGCUCAUGGCUGAGGGCAAAGAUUUGGAGGCUGUGGAGGCAAUGACAUCCAUGUCAAUGUUUCUCCGAGGUACACCAGAUGCGCAAAACUUGUCAUUGUUGGUAUCAAGCGCGAGUCGCUUAUACCAGAUCGUCAGUAUGCGUCGCAAUAAAGUGUCCGAUGCCGCUCACGAUGUUCCAGAGCCACAGAGAUCUUCUCACCUUCUUUGGGCACUGCAUUCAAUGGAUCAAGAAUUAGUCUUUAGACACGGCUUGUCCCCUGUCCUAGACAUGCGACACCAAUUCUUGAACGAACUCGAAAGUUCCGGAUCCUUGGACACGCCCAUGAUAAAUCUAUUUCGCAAGCGCACCAGUCUUGCCGUUAUACAGUCACAAAUUAACAACCUUCUCUACUCAAACACGAAACCUGACCUAGAAUCUGCACCACUGGCUGGGCAAAUAUACAAACUUGCCACUGGGCUUCAGCAGUGGAGCUCCGAGAUGCACUUGGUUAUUCCUACCGCCGCUCGCGCAUCAACAAUCAAUGAGCUUGAGCUUUCCUUGCUGAUUCAUGUCGACGACCUUUAUCUCGCCCAUUAUCACACUAUACUAAUGAUAUACUGGCCAUUGCGAGGGUUCCAAGACGAUAACAUAAUCAACGCCCCUCAGAUCAUUUCCAGUAGUGAUUUCACAUCUUUGCGAGACCUGUCAAGGACAAAGUGUGCAGAUGCUUCUCAGGAGACACUGUUGUUGAUUGGCCAUUUCUAUUCACUCCCAUUCAUGUCCUUGUGGUCAUUUCUGAGCUACUUUGUCUCGGCGCAUCUCACCCUUUUUGCUGCUGUCUUGGCCCAACCCAGGGGACUCGUAGCGGCAGGACAUUUAUCAGCCAUGGAGGUAUUCAUGACAUCCCUUAAGUUGAUCAUUUCAGAGAAUGGCUUUGAUAUCAGACGGGUAGCCUCUGCCUGUGCUGGUAUGACUAGCAUUUCCCGCGCCGUUACCAAGGCGGCGACGGCUAUCAACAGUCCAAGUCAGAGUGAAACCGACCAUAUUACUCAACAAGCAGAGACUGCACUCGACCUUGUCAACCAAGCGACGAGUCCCAUGUACAUUGCACAGAACUGGAUGAGCAACUUAAAGAAUAAGGACUAUGAUAUCUCAGUGGCCUUGGCUCGUGUCCUCGGGAUACCGUGGGACCUUGACCAGCGUUAUGGCCCUUUGGUUCCCGAGGCGCUCAUGCCGGAGACCUAUGCGUUUGGUUUUGCAGAGUCCAAAGAAUAUUCAAUGUAUCGCAAAUAA